GGGAGGACGUCACGGAGCCGUUCCGUGCCAGCUUCCGAACCCACUCAGAUUCAGACACCAGCUCCUCAAGGAUGUCCGCGCACCCGAGCGGCCGCAGACUUCGGCAGUGGCUCAUCGAGCAGAUCCACAGUCACCAGUACCCGGGGCUGCAGUGGGAGGACGAGGCUCGCACCAUGUUCCGCAUCCCUUGGAAGCACGCGGGGAAGCAGGACUACAACCAGGAGGUGGACGCCUCCAUCUUCAAAGCCUGGGCUGUGUUUAAAGGCAAGUUUAAGGAAGGGGACCGGGCAGAGCCGGCCACCUGGAAGACCAGGCUUCGCUGUGCCUUGAACAAGAGUCCCGACUUUGAGGAGGUGACCGACCGGUCUCAGCUGGACAUAUCGGAGCCUUACAAGGUCUACCGAAUUGUUCCAGAGGAGGAGCAGAAGACAGGUAGAAGUGCUGUAGCCAUGCACGGGGGUGGUCACAGUGACGUCACAAGCAUGGAAUGCAACACGGCAGAUUUGGAGGAACUCAUAAAGGAGUCCUCCAACGAUGAGUAUCUGGGCAUCAUCAAGAAGAGCCACUCUCCAUCGGAUGAGGCAACCAGGAACAUGCAGCCAGGACAGGAGUGGUGGUCACAUGGCAACUUCCGCUCAAUACCAGUAACUCAGGAUCCUUCACCAACUGGCAACUUCAAUCCAGCCUUCUCCCAGAUGAUGAUCACCUUCUUCUACGGAGGCAAGCCGGUGGGCAGCACCCUGAGCACUCACUCUGAGGGUUGCCGGAUUGCGCUGGGCCAGCCGCCACUGACAAGCGAGGCACCGUACGAUCUCGAGACCUUGCAGAACAUUCGCUUCCCACCGGUGGAACUGAUUGAGCACGAGCGUCAGCGCCACGUAACCCGGAAACUCUUUGGACACCUGGAGCGCGGAGUGCUGGUGCGCGCCAACCGUGAGGGCGUUUUCAUCAAGCGCCUGUGCCAGAGCCGCGUCUUCUGGAGCAGCCUGGGCUCCCAGUACAGCCCGGGACCCUGCAAGCUGGAGAGGGACGCUGUUGUCAAGAUCUUUGACAACGCGAGAUUCCUGCAAGCUCUGCAGCUGUACCAGGAUGGCCAUUACCCAGCACCUGACCCCACAAUCACCCUGUGUUUUGGAGAAGAAUUUCAUGAUGUCAGCACUGCAAAGAACAAGUUAAUAAUUGUUCAGAUCAUACCAGUCACAUGCCAGCAACUGCUGGAGGAGGUCAACCUCCUCCGCUCCCAGUACAGCAGUGGGACCUUGGAGAUCUCGGACGAGACGCAGAACGAUCAAGUGGCGCGCAUUUUCCAGGAGCUCUGCAGCUACACCGUCCCGCAGCGCCUCGGCUUCCGAGAGAACGUGCCGAUCACCGUCUGAUUGACGCCACCAACUUCAGACGGGGAAGGGAACUUGCCGUUAGCUGUCCGACCGACACAUCUUUGUUGCUCAGCAGGUCAGGAAGGAGAGAGAACCUGACGCUCGCUGCCUGAAUGACUUACGACUGACGCAAAUCUCCGACAACACGAAGAACGUCCCAAGCAUGCUUUUCAUCAACACUUCCAUGUCUUCCUCCAAAAACCGGUCCAUUAUGCCCAAGGUAAAUGGGCGAGAACAUUUUGCCUCCAGGUAAAUGGGUUAGACCCUGUCAUUACUAAGUAAAUGACCAAUGUUAUGGUGUCCCUCUCGGCUGACGAAUUAGGUUGAAUCAGUGAUUAGGUGCUGGUUUACAGACAUAGGCAACAUUGCAUUAUGGGUCUAUCUUUACAUAUCUGUGCGUAUAAAGGUUUGCCUGGCUCUGUGAUGCCAGGCUGCAUCACACGUCUUGAGUACCGUGCAGCACAAUUUGCUUUGUGCGUUUAUGAUUGCUUGUUUCCUUUGUACAUUUACAAACCUGGACUCGGGUACUUUUACAGUUUUAUUCCCAAUUACAGAACUGGAUAAAUUAUAAAUUUGUCAGUCAGAAAACCAUUUUAGUUUCUAGGUGUUUGAAUAACUGAUAGAAUA